UUCUUUUACUACUACUCAACCUCACUUCUUAUUAGUCUUUCUUCUGUCCAAUCAACUUCACCAUGGAAAUUGAAUCAUCUCCAACACCGCCAUCUCCUUCUCAAUCUCCUCCACUUAAAACAUAUAAACUAACAGCUUCUUCAAUAGGCUAUUCAAAAUCAACCACCAUUUCUCCUGCCUUGUUAUUCAAGCCUUGUGAAACAACACCACCAAUUAAUAUCUUGAAAGACAUCUCUUUCACUGCUUAUCCUUCUCAGAUUCUUGCCAUUGUUGGUCCGAGUGGCGCGGGAAAAUCCACCUUACUCGACAUUUUAGCAGCUGGAACUUCACCUACAAGUGGCACUCUUCUCUUGAACUCUCUUCCCCUUCAUAAUCCUUCUUCUUUCCGCAAGCUCUCAGCUUAUGUUCCUCAACAUGAUUGUUGCCUUCCGCAGCUCACUGUCUCGGAAACAUUCGCUUUCUCUGCCCGUCUCCUCAACCCGAAACUCAAUGAUGUUUCUUGCAUUGUGGAUUCUCUUCUGGCUGAGCUCAGGCUUACACAUUUGGCACACACAAGGCUUGCUCAUGGUCUCUCAGGAGGAGAACGAAGACGAGUUUCGAUUGGUUUGAGUCUACUCCAUGACCCUGCAAUUUUACUUCUUGAUGAACCAACAUCAGGUCUUGAUAGUAAUUCAGCUUUGAAUGUAAUGCAGACACUCAGAUCAAUCACCGACUCGCGUCAACGUACCGUGCUUUUGUCUAUUCAUCAACCAAGUUUCAAGAUUCUUGCCACCAUUGAUAAAAUCCUGUUGCUAUCAAAAGGAACUGUUGUCCAUUAUGGUACAUUGUCAUCUCUUGAAGGGUUUUUACUUGAAAAUGGUUUCACUGUCCCCCCACAGCUCAAUUCUCUUGAAUAUGCCAUGGAAAUGCUCAGCCAACUCAAUGAGAAAAAACCCGUUACGCCGAUAAGUUCACCCCCUGAAAAUACCACCACUACCCCUGUCCCUGAGGCUAAAACAGGGGAGAUCAGAUAUAGGAGUUCAAGAUUUCAUGAAAUUGCUGUUUUGUAUAGCAGAUUCUGGAAAAUCAUUUACAGAACAAAGCAGCUACUUUUAACAAACACCUUACAGGCAUUAGGAGUUGGUCUUGUAUUAGGUACAAUUUACAUCAAUAUUGGAUUUGGUAAAGCUGGAAUCGAGAAAAGAUUCGGACUUUUCGCUUUCACUCUCACUUUCCUUCUCUCUUCCACAACAGAAACUCUCCCAAUCUUCAUAAACGAAAGACCCAUUUUAUUAAGAGAAACUUCAAGUGGGGUUUAUCGAUUAUCUUCAUAUCUCAUCGCAAACACACUAGUUUUCCUCCCUUACUUACUUGUCAUCGCAAUCUUGUACUCAAUUUCACUUUAUUUCUUGGUGGGUCUUUGUUAUUCAUGGCAAGCAUUCACUUACUUCGUUCUAACAAUUUGGGUCAUCGUCUUAAUGGCAAACUCAUUCGUCCUCUUCUUGAGCUCUGUAGCACCUAAUUACAUCGCCGGAACUUCGCUGGUAACGCUACUUCUCGCCGGAUCUUUCUUGUUUUCCGGCUACUUCAUUACAAAGGAGACAAUGCCUAAGUUCUGGACAAUGUUGCAUUAUUUGUCCAUGUACAAGUAUGGAUUAGAUGCUUUGUUGAUCAAUGAGUAUUCUUGCCUUGUCGCCAAGUGUUUGAUAUGGUACGAUGAGAAAAACAAGGUAUGUAUGGUGAGUGGGAGUGAUGUGUUGGAUAAAAGAGGGCUCCAUGAGAGACAAAGAUGGACAAAUAUAUAUAUCUUGAUUGGGUUCUUCGUAUUUUAUCGAUUGCUUUGGUUGAUAGUAUUGAUUAGAAGAGUUUCAAGAUCAAAGAAGUGA